CGACCACCCGCGCUCAUUAUAAUUAUUAUUGUUCCGUUAGCUUAUUGGAUGUUGAAUGCACAACAACCUUGAGUGGUCAUUGGUUAGCCGUUGUGUUGCUUUGAUAUCUUUACACAUUACAAGUUGAUUUUUAGUUUACACACUCAUCAGUAAUUCCUGUUGGUUGUUGUCGUCAGUAAAUGUGAUGACAGUGUUUGGCUUUUGACUUAACACGACAUAUUUCUCCUUUUAGAACCUCGUGGUGUCUGGUCCGCUGUCACUGUACCUCGUCUGCGCAAACGUAAAUUACAUAGACGCAAACAAACUACUAGCUGGCCUUUUCAAUUAAUAGUGGCGAUAAUGCAUAGCGUUUCGGAACACGAAGACCCUGACCUAUAUUUUGAGCCUGUUAUUACUCUUCCCCCUUUAACAGUCUGUAGUUCCGAGGAGAAUGAAGAGUGCCUAUUCAAACAGAGAGCGCAGCUAUUUCGUUUCGACACUAUUGACGAUCCCCCAGAAUGGAAGGAGCGUGGGGUUGGAGUGCUGAAAAUUCUACGUAACAGGACCAGUGGAUGCUACCGCUUAUUGAUGCGUCGGGAUCGCACGUACAAGGUUUGUGCCAACCAUUAUCUCCUCAAAAAUAUGUACUUACGUCCGAACUGCAGCAGCAGUAGAGCUUUUGUCUGGAGUACGACAGCUGAUUUCGCAGACGAGGUGGUAAAACCAGAGUUAUUGGGUGUUAGAUUUGCUAACUCUACAUAUGCAGAAGAUUUUCGGAAAGUUUUUGAGGGAGGUUGUCAAGCAAGUGAGGAUAAACUAACUGAGAAUAGAUCCAGCAUUGAAGAUACUCAUUCUGAUAAAGAAGAUAAAACUGAUGAUAUUGGCACGCUCUCGAAUUCUGUCAAAGAAUGUUUGAACAUUGGCUCACCAGAUACCAGCUCUCCUGUUCAUUGCAGUUCGAUAAAAACCGAUGCUUAAACAUCUCAUUAUUGAGACUUUUUUCAUAAACAAAUUCAGAUCUGUUAUACAAUAUCUAAUUUUUUAGAGAAGGUGUCUUAAAUAUCUUAUUUGUUCCUCAUUAAGUAGUUCGUUGAAGCCAGUUCUCAAAUAUCAAGCGUCAUUUUUUGUCUUAAUAAUGCCCUAUUCAGAGCUUAAAUCUGGUAACUCUAUUACAAAUGAUAUCUACAAGUAGAUAUGAAAUUUUACACCUUAUCCAAUUAUUGUUAUUUUAGUAAAGUCAUGGGUCUACUAAAAGAGUAGUAAACUAAGUGAUUGCCAUUAAUCUGGUUCUAUGUGUUUGUAUAUGAUUUCUCUAUAAAGUAGCAGGUGAACCAACAAGGUGAUGCAUACAUUUAUAGUUAUUGUAUCGUCUUUAGUUAUUUAUUUUCC